CUUGCGCAGAGCUGGAGCCGGAGCUUGGGGUUGCCGUUGGGCGUGCGCGCGAACUCGCAGCCCGGCAUUGCUGCCGUCCCGUCCUGCCGCGGCCCAGCCGGAGCCCUCGCCCACCGCCUCUCCGCGGCCAGCCCCGGCCCGGUCCCCUUGACCCUCAGCGCGGCCCGGCCCCCCGACCCUCAGCCCGGCCCGGUCCGGCCUCCCCGCGGGGUCACGCGGCCGCCCGGGGGACGAUGAACGGAGGAUAAAUGGUGCCCAAGGCAGACAGCGGUGCCUUCCUGCUGCUCUUCCUGCUCGUGCUCACCGUCACCGAGCCGCUGCGGCCAGAGCUGCGGUGCAACCCCGGGCAGUUUGCCUGUCGCAGCGGCACCAUCCAGUGCAUCCCCCUGCCCUGGCAGUGUGACGGCUUGGCCACUUGCGAGGAUGAAAGCGAUGAAGCCGACUGUGCAGAAGUGACCGCAGAGGUGCGUCCUCGCCAUGGGAAGGAGGCCGUGGACCCGCGGCAGGGGCGGGCGAGAGCCGGCGACCCCACACACUUCCACGCGGUGAACGUGGCGCAGCCCGUCCGCUUCAGCAGGAAGUGCCCGACAGGGUGGCACCACUACGAAGGCACGGCCAGCUGCUACAGGGUCUACCUGAGCGGGGAGAACUACUGGGACGCCGCGCAGACCUGCCAGCGCCUCAACGGCUCCCUCGCCACUUUCUCCACCGACCAGGAGCUGCGCUUCGUCCUGGCCCAGGAAUGGGACCAGUCCGAGCGGAGCUUCGGUUGGAAGGACCAGCGCAAGCUGUGGGUCGGCUAUCAGUAUGUUGUCACCGGCCGGAACCGCUCCUUGGAAGGUCACUGGGAGGUGGCGUUCAAAGCAUUUAAGAAGAUUUCUGCUAAGAAACUGCAGAGUGAAGAAAACAGUGAAAACACGGGCGAGUGGACAGGAGAGCGGGGAGCCAGCCCCUGCUGUGGGCGCGGCGCCAAGCAGAGCGCAGCAGGUCGAGACGCCGGCCCAGGGCAAAGGCACCAAAACGCAACCGGCUAUAUUCAAAUCUCUGCAAGUGAUGAUGAAUGCUUCCCUAAGAAGAUUCCGUGCCCAAGAAUAGUAGUACCUAAUGGCAAUAGGAGGGCCUCACGAGCUGCCACCAAACGCUAUAAGGCCUCAGCCUCCCGAGUAGCUGGGACUACAGGUCAGACAUGUGUCGACAUCAAGGACAAUGUGGUGGAUGAAGGAUUCUACUUCACCCCCAAGGGGGAUGACCCGUGCCUGAGCUGCACCUGCCACGGAGGGGAGCCUGAGAUGUGUGUGGCCGCCCUUUGUGAGCGGCCUCAGGGCUGCCAGCAGUACCGCAAGGACCCUAAAGAGUGCUGCAAGUUCAUGUGUCUGGACCCAGACGGCAACAGCCUGUUCGACUCCAUGGCCAGCGGCAUGCGUCUGGUGGUCAGCUGUGUCUCCUCCUUCCUCAUCCUGUCGCUGCUGCUCUUCAUGGUCCACCGGCUGCGCCAGAGGCGCCGGGAGCGCAUCGAGUCCCUGAUCGGGGCCAACCUGCACCACUUCAACCUCGGCCGCAGGAUCCCAGGCUUCGAUUACGGCCCAGACGGGUUUGGCACGGGCCUCACCCCACUGCAUCUUUCUGAUGACGGAGAGGGUGGGACCUUCCACUUCCACGACCCGCCGCCUCCCUACACAGCUUACAAGUACCCGGACAUCGACCAGCCCGAUGACCCCCCACCGCCCUACGAGGCCUCCGUCGACCCGGACGGCGUGUUCUACGACCCUGCAGACGACGAUGCUUUUGAGCCCCCGGAGACCGGCCUGGCGACCCCAGGGGGUGGUGGCAGUGAAGCUUCCUUGCCCCGGUGCCUGGAACAGCCUCUGCCCACGCCGGGGGCCUCUCUGGCAGACCUGGAAGACCCCUCCGACAGCAGCAGCGCCCUGCUCGUGCCUCCCGAGCCCGCCCAGAGUGGGAGCGCCCUGGCUGCAGAGGCGCCACCUGGCUCCGGCCGCCUCAGCCGAGGCUCCCUCAGCACCAUGGUGUAGACGGCCCGGCCGCGUCCGUCAGGCUGUGAGCGCGUCUGCUGUCACACACCAGUCCCUGUGGGAAACUGGGGGAACUCAGCCUCAGCCCGGCCCC